AUGAAGAUUCCUGCCAUGAUGUCUCUCCUAUUGGUGUCUGUGGGCCUCCGUGAUGGGCUUCAGGUGCAAAGCUACUCUAUCACACAACUAGACAUCUUUUCUCAAGAAGCACCCCUGGACAUGGCCGCAGCGUCCUUUGAUGACCAGUAUGCUGGCUGUGCAGCAGACAUGACAGCGGCUCUGCCAGAUCUCAACCACUCAGAGUUCCAGGCCAACAAAGUAUACGCGGAUGGUUGGGCUCUGGCCAACAGCCAAUGGCAGGAGCGCAGGGCCUGGGGGUCAUCGUGGGGCCUCAGCCCAACCCCCUUGCCCCCACCACCCCCGGGCUUCCGGGAUGAGCACGGAGUGGCGCUCCUGGCCUACACGGCCAACAGCCCUCUGCACAAGGAGUUCAAUGCCGCAGUGCGUGAGGCAGGCCGCUCCCGGGCCCACUACCUCCACCACUUCUCCUUCAAGACCCUCCACUUCCUGCUCACCGAGGCCCUGGACCUGCUUGGGAGCCACGGGUCCCGCGGGUGCCGGCAGGUGUACAGGGGGGUGCACGGCCUGCGCUUCCGGCCAGCAGGGCCUGGCACCACCGUUAGGCUGGGGGGCUUUGCUUCUGCGUCCCUCAAGAAUGUUGCCGCCCAGCAGUUUGGCAAGGACACCUUCUUUGGCAUCUGGACCUGCCUCGGGGUCCCCAUCAGGGGAUACUCCUUUUUCCCAGAAGAGGAAGAGGUGCUGAUCCCUCCUUUUGAGACUUUCCAGGUGGUCAAUGCCAGCCGACCUGCCCAGGGUCCCGCACGCAUCUACCUGCGAGCUCUGGGCAAACGCAGCACCUACAACUGCGAGUACAUCAAAGAAAAGAGGUGCAAGUAUGGGCCCUGCUGGCUGGAUAGCUCAGCCCCGGGCUCCCUCUCUGCCUCCUGUUCUCUCCUGCUGCUGCUGCUCUUGUUCCUUGUCUGA